AUGGCGUACGCCUCCCCCGCGCAGGUGAAGUGGGCGACUUUUCUCUUCUGGCGAUUUCUCGAUCCCGCAUUCCGCACACACUUCAAAUAUUACCGCCGCAAGAUCGCCGUGGAUCGUUAUCUCGAGCGUAAAGGCAUUCUUGCCAACAUCGUCAUUGGCGUUACCUUCGGCCUCACCCUGUACUUCACAGUCGUCUCUACAUUUCUACUGCCGGCCCCAGUGGUCUCUGAGUACACAAUGGAGGAGAACGCAAAGGAGAUUCUUCGUGUGAUGAAGUGCGAUACCACAAAGGAACUGCCGGCCUUUUUGUUGAUGCGAGCAAAGCGGGAUAUUAUAGGCAAACUGCACGUGGCCGCAGACCGCGCAGAAGUAAAGCGGCAGAGAGAUGAGGUGGAGAAACUGCGCCGUUUCCUACAAGAACAACAACAAGAACAGUCACAGUCACAAUAA